AUGCUUCGCGAGAGUAGGCUAUUGGGCUACUUAGCAAACCAUCCCGAGGUGUUUUCGAGGAAAGUCAUCUAUGGCGAUCCAGCGUACGGGGUGUCCGAGCACAUGCUGUCCGGGUUCAAAGGCAAUGGUCUCAGUACCAUGCAACGAGAUUUCAACAAGUGGAUGAGUCGGCUAGAGUUGUUUCGGUUGCAAUGCUUCUGA